GUGGCCGAGCACCACCCACGCCCACUCGCCUAUCACUUUGCCUUGGCCUCCCCUGGUUCUUAUCUCCACUCGUGCCCCCCCCCCCCCGCCCCUCCUCGCCCCUUCUUUUUCCUCCCUCUCGCUCCUCUCCCCCCUUCUAUUUCUUCUCCAUCUCCCAGGUCAUGGCAAAGCAGCUGGAGCAGCAGCAGAAAAAAUAGCAAGUGGCAGAGAUAACGGAGAGGUGAAUACUACAAGUAGCAAUACAAGAAGUCCAUCUACCUGUGGCUGCGAGUGAGUUGCUUUGGUGUUGUGUUUGCUGAGGUCGCGAUGAUGGGAGGUGGGCUGAUGAUGGAACAGGGCAUGGUGUUCCCCGGCGUCCACAACUUCGUGGAUCUCCUGCAGCAGAGCGGCGACAAGAACCUUGGCUUCGGGCAGCUGAUGCCGCAGACGUCCUCCGGCGACCAGUGCGUCACGGGCGAGGGCGACCUCGUGGACCCGCCGCCGGAGAGCUUCCCGGACGCCGGGGAGGAUGACAGCGACGACGAUGUCGAGGACAUCGAGGAGCUGGAGCGCCGCAUGUGGCGCGACCGCAUGAAGCUGAAGCGGCUCAGGGAGCUGCAGCAGAGCCGCGCCAAGGACCAGGCGGCCGGCGGGGGCGACGGGUCGUCGAAGCCAAGGCAGUCGCAGGAGCAGGCGCGGCGCAAGAAGAUGUCGCGCGCGCAGGAUGGCAUCCUCAAGUACAUGCUCAAGAUGAUGGAGGUGUGCCGCGCGCAGGGGUUCGUGUACGGGAUCAUCCCAGAGAAGGGCAAGCCGGUGAGCGGCGCCUCCGACAACCUCCGCGCCUGGUGGAAGGAGAAGGUGCGCUUCGACCGCAACGGUCCGGCCGCCAUCGCCAAGUACCUGGCCGACAACGCCGUCCCGGGCUCGGAGAGCGAGCUCGCCUCCGGCACCGCCAGCCCCCACUCGCUGCAGGAGCUGCAGGACACCACGCUCGGCUCGCUGCUCUCGGCGCUCAUGCAGCACUGCGACCCUCCGCAGCGGCGCUAUCCCCUCGAGAAGGGCGUGCCGCCGCCGUGGUGGCCCACCGGCGAGGAGGAAUGGUGGCCGGAGCUCGGCAUCCCCAAGGACCAGGGUCCGCCCCCGUACAAGAAACCUCAUGACCUCAAGAAGGCCUGGAAGGUCAGCGUGCUCACCGCCGUCAUCAAGCACAUGUCACCGGACAUUGAGAAGAUCCGCCGGCUUGUCCGCCAGUCCAAGUGCCUCCAGGACAAGAUGACCGCCAAGGAGAUCGCCACCUGGCUGGCGGUCAUCAAGCAGGAAGAGGAGAUGUACCUGAAGCUGCACCCAGGCACCCGCCCGCCGAUGCCUUCCGGCGGCAUCGCCAGCGCCAUAUCGUUCAACGCCAGCUCAAGCGAGUAUGAUGUCGACAUCGUUGACGACUGCAAGGGCGACGAGGCUGGGAACCAGAAGACGGGCAUCCCUGACCCAACCGCGUUCAACCUUGGCACGGCUAUCCUGAGUGACAAGUUCCUCAUGCCGACGCCGAUGAAGGAGGAAACUGCUGACGUCGAGUUCAUUCAGAAGAGGAACGCCCCUGCCGCAGCCGAGCCAGAGCUGAUGCUGAACAACCGAGUGUACACCUGCAACAACGUCCAGUGCCCGCACAGCAACUAUGGGUACGGGUUCCUUGACCGGAACGCGCGCAACAGCCACCAGUACGCCUGCAAGUACAACGAUCCUCUCCCGCAGAGCUCUGAGAAGAAGCUGCCACCGCCACAAGUCUUCCCGGCCACUUUCAACCAACCUAACCAGGCGCUGAACAACCUGGAUUUCAGCCUGCCCAUGGACGGCCAGAGGUCCAUCACCGAGCUGAUGAACAUGUAUGACAACAACUUCAUGACGAACAAGAACAUGAGCAGCGACAGUGUCACCAUCAUGGAGAGGCCUGAUGGGCUACCCCAGAGGAUUCAGAUGGAUGAUAAUUUCUUUGGACAGGGCAAUGGUGUGUUUGAUGAUGUGAAUAUGAUGCAGCAGCAGCAGCAGGCCCCGGUGCAGCAGCAGCAGCAGCAGCAGCAGUUCUUUGACAUCGGCGAAGACACGGCGUUUGGGAGCCAGAUGGGUGAUAUCACCGGUGCGUCGGAGUUCAGGUUUGGUUCUGGUUUCAACGUGUCUAGCGCCGUCGAGUAUCCUGGUGCGGCGCAGCAGAAGAACAACGGGACCAAUUGGUACUACUGAAGAAUAAACUUGUAAGGCCGAAAAACUGUUAUAAGCCUUGAAUUUCUCCAUGGUGCUCCUUCACUUCCGUUGGGGGAGUCCCUCGCCUCCUAAGAAGUUUUCAAGUCUAUAGGUCUUUGUCAUAUAGGUUUUGCCGUAGCUGCAACGAAGCUGGAACCUGGAACUGGUUUAUACAUGUAUGUCCGUCCAGCCAGUAAACCUCUUAUGGAAACUUAAUGUUAUUCCUAGUUUAAUGCUGUUCA